AAUGUAUCAUCGUCUCGGAACUGAAAAGAGUUUAUUUACUUUUACGCUUCUUAUUCUAAGAGUCUGUUACGGGUUUAUUGAAGAAAAGGAGAACAUUGCAAGGAGUCUUAAUGCUUAUCAAUCGUAUACUAUGUCCGAUGAAUUAACGGCUGUAAAUGCCAUCAAUUCUUUGGAUGACUACAAGAAAACUUCAGCAGAUGUUGCUCUUAGCGGUUGGUGGGCUACAGACUUGAAUGGUUUCUAUCAAAUAACUGAAAUAUGCUUUUGGAAUAAAGAAGAUGAAAUUCAUUUUGCAAACUUUAAGGUCUAUGCUGAGACUAAUCUGCUGGACGAGGAUAGCUUCUGCUUUGAACAAUUGACUGCAAUACAUCAAAAAUUUGUUGGGGAGAGCACCAGCUACUAUUGUAAAACGUGCAAUUGCCAAGGAUCGUUUGUUCGAAUAGCAAAGAAUCUGUCAAAUCAGAUGAGAAUUACUGAUGUCAAAAUUAGAGGAACGCGCUUAAGGGAUUCGGAUGAAACCCUUAUCCAAUUAACUCAUUCCAGCAUGUAUUCAGGAGAAGAUGUCCCAAAUAUUAAUACAAUCCUACUGGACGGUCUAUUCUCCACGAUUGUUCUUACUACAAAGCGAAAGAAUGGAAAAAGUUUCCUAAGAGUUGAUUUGAACAACCUAAACCGAGUGAAAAUGGUCAUUUUUGAUACGGAUAACAAUCUAGAUAGUGAUAUUGUGAGUAUGAAAAUUUAUGUCAAGUUCAUACCGGAUACUUUCGAAUACGACUCAAAUUAUCUUCUCGGUGAAAUUCAACAACCGUACGAAUCGAAUCAUAAAACCCAUGUUGUCAGACAUCCGCAAUAUCUAACUGGAAGCUCGUCGAAUGGUGUUACCAUUCAAAAUGGUGAAAUUUUAACAUUGAAGAUGGAACCAACAGUUGUCAAUUGUUUUUGCGCCAAAGUUUUCACAUUUGGAAUUGAAAUCUCCAAUGCAUUUUCAUUAAAAUUGCAUUUAAAAUUUUUAAAUACCCAUCAAAUACCUUCUCUAAACGCUAAUUUCAUUGCUGAACAUACAAUUUGUACUAGUUUUUCCGAGCGAAUUCUUACGGCUGUCGAAUUGAUAAGUCAGGCUAGAGUUAGAAUUGAUUCUGUUGCAUUAAUCGUGCAUACUUUUCGAGGAAAUUCAAUCGGUAUAGAACACAUUAUCAGUCCUUGUAAUCCAAUGCGACACACCAGGAUAACUAUUCCAUCGUCAUUCUUGCAAGCAUGUACUGGAAUUGGAUUCUACGCUGACGGAACCAAUAUAAGAACGCACACCGGUACUAUAAAACUCGACGAUGUGACUGUAAUAGGAGAAUGGAAUAAUAAGCAUCAAACUUGCUUUCCGGCUGGAGGAGCCUACAGCGAAAAACUUUUCAAUUACGUUUAUUUCUUUAUGUGUAGAACCAAAUUGAUCAGUGCCGAUAUUUUAAUCUUCAACGCUAACAUUUCUAUAACGGCUGUCUUCAGAAUUGAAUAA